UAUUAAAUGUGAUUCUAAGGAAAGACAAGAAUAUUUAUAUCAAGACCUUUUGAACCUACGUGUUUUUUUAACAUCUAAUGAAAUGUCAUCGUCUUCGAUCACUGGAAAAUCCCAGAUGCUACUCCGGUAGCUCGAGGAACACAUAACCUAUAUAUCAAUCCGCCACUUGGCUCGAGGAACCAGCUUGAACACCUAACCUGAAUAUCAAUCCGCCAGUAUGUUUUCAUUUAGCUUCUCACUAUUUUAUCCGUCCUUAUCGUCUGAAGAGAGGAAAUUCGCGUGCAGAUCUGUGAAGCUGCCAUACCGUAUCCUCGCCACCAACAGUCAGAAUUUAACUCUAGAAAACGUCGAGGAAAUCUACCCAAAGAAUCUGUGAAAGUUCUUAAAAUGUGGCUCUACGAACAUCGUUAUAACGCCUAUCCUUCUGAUCAAGAGAAACUGAUACUCUCCAAAGAGGCUAAUCUGAGCGUCCUGCAAGUUUGUAACUGGUUCAUCAACGCCAGACGUCGUAUAUUACCAGAUAUCAUCCGCAGGGAAGGUCACGACCCUCUUCGCUACACAAUCACAAGAAAGACGUCACACAGACCACAAGGAUUGCGUCAGUCACAUGAUCUAGCCAGUCCGGAGCCGUCACACAAGGAUGACUUGGCGAAGCAUGACACAAGCCUUUUCUCUUCCGUUGAUGAUAGCGCCACAGACGGUGAUGUGGAGAGUGAGGAUAGUUCAAGUGAAGGAUUUACAAAUGAACGUUCCGCCUCCCCCUCUUCACAAAAUGGCACAAACUGCUCCUUGAAGCUCAGGAAGAGAUGGCAACAUAAUCACGAGCAAGAAAUUUUGUGCCAAGAAUGGGAAGCCUCAUCUGUUUCUCAAAUCAUCAUAAAUACGCCCUCAAACGGCCAGAACCAUAAAACAUCAUACGAACAGUUAAAGUCAGCGUUUCCGGUUCCUGCCGUAACGAUAACUGCAUCUUCAGGAGUCUUUACUUCGUCUUCUCUGGCGCUUACUAGUGAUGAUCCUUUUAGUUGCCUCAAUUUGUUGGUAGAUGUCGCUGUUAAAGAACUAGAAGAACGAGAAAUGAAACGUAAGAGACAGUUAUGAUAAAAAAAAUCAUUUUUUGUUGUUGAUGUUUUUUUUGCAGUAUGUGUGGUUAGUGGAGUUUCCAGAUUCGUCAGUAACCACGAAUAGAACAUUAAAUCAAGAAUAUAACGAAUUUAACCAAGACUGUUAAAGUUGUAAGAAAGCCUUGUUUUUGUUUUUCUAUGGCAGCGACAUGCGUAGAAUAUUUUGUGGUCAAUGAAAAAAAUGUCGACAUGUAUACUUUACAGAUGGGAUUAACCUCACAACUUAUUUUAAAGUUCUUUUAACAAUGACGUUUAAGUUGUUCGGUUUCAACUGUUUAACGGGUUUUUCCGACAGAAUCAUUACAGACCUGCUCAAAUUUUUUAAAUAUAUGUAUAUCAGCUACUUCGAGUGUUUUAUUCAGUUUCAUAAUUUUUGAAAGGUUGACACGUGAAACACUGGUUCAUGGAAAAAAACAAACAAAAAACGAUCAUAAUCUGAGCCACGGUGUUCCAUGAAUGAUGUUCAAAAAAUGUUAUGCGCAAGCUCGCGAUCCGCAGAUAUUCUUCCGGUAUGCAAUAUUUCAGCUGAUUCCAGGAAUCUGGUUUAAAUAACCAGAAUUCUAUGCCCUGAAGUGGUGCCAUUUAUUAUCAUGUAUAAAUGGGAAAAACACAUUUGUAAGAAAACAAAUCUACGAAUUAAAAUCAUUUAAUACAUGUUAAAAAUAUUCUUAAAUUAAUCACAAUCGCCCAAUUUAUAGAGUGAGAUUUUCUAAAUAGUUUAUAUCCAAGAGAGUAACGUUUUAUUUUUUUCGAACUGUAAAUAUUAAUGAAAGAUUUUUUUAUUAUUUCAUGUCUAAAAUCAAUUAUUUGAUAAGCUGUUUCAAGUAUACUGUAUUUGAUUGAAAAUAAAUAAAUAAACACACUUUAGCAG